AUGGCUCUUUAUUGUGCAAUCUCAAAUGAAGUACCCGAAGUCCCUGUUGUGUCUCCGUCAUCCGGCGCGGUUUUUGAGAGGCGUAUCAUAGAAAAGUAUAUAAUUGAAAAUGGUGUAGACCCAAUUAGUGGCAAAGAAUUAAGUGUAGAAGACCUAAUUGAAAUCAAAACUCCACCUAUAGUGAAACCAAAACCUCCAAGUGCUACAUCUAUCCCUGCAACACUUAAAAGCAUGCAGGAUGAAUGGGAUGCCCUGAUGCUACACACAUUUACUCAGAGGCAGCAACUUCAGACAGCUAGACAGGAACUUAGCCAUGCCUUAUAUCAACAUGAUGCUGCUUGCCGGGUAAUCGCUAGGUUGACUAAAGAAGUAACAGCUGCAAGGGAGGCUCUAGCUACACUCAAGCCCCAAGCUGGUAUUGUUGCACCGCAGCCCACCCAAGCCGCUGAAGCGGCGGCUGGCCCCGGGGGGGUAGUGGCCAUCGGUAUGUCUGCGGAAGUGGUUUCUCGGCUGCAGGAGCGAGCCACGGCCCUCACGCAGGAAAGGAAGAGACGUGGUCGGACCGUUCCAGAGGGACUCGUCACGCCCGAACAGAUUCGAUCAUUCCUCACUCUUGCAUCACAUCCUGGUCUGCACUCCGCCAGUGUGCCUGGUAUUUUGGCCUUGGACAUCAACCCUUCAGACCACAGCCGCAUAUUGACUGGAGGAAAUGACCGCAAUGCUACAGUCUUUAAUAAAGAUACGGAGCAGGUCGUGGCUAUACUGAAGGGUCACACGAAGAAGGUGACAAGGGUGAUCUACCAUCCGGAUGAAGACACGGUCAUCACCGCAUCACCAGAUCACACUAUCCGCGUCUGGAAUGUACCUACAUCGCAGACCACAGUACUCCUCCGGUCCCACGAGGGCCCAGUGACCGGGCUGUCGCUACAUCCCACCGGAGACUACGUACUGUCCACGUCCACCGAUCAGCACUGGGCUUUCUCGGACAUCCGGACCGGUGCUCUGCUCACUAAGGUGAGCGACUCGUCCGGCGUAAGCCUCACCACGGCUCAGUUCCAUCCUGAUGGGCUGAUCUUCGGAACCGGGACGGAGAACUCCCAGGUAAAGAUCUGGGACUUAAAAGAGCAGAGCAACGUAGCGAACUUCCCCGGUCACGUGGGUCCCGUCACAUCGAUAUCGUUCUCGGAGAACGGGUACUACCUGGCCACGGCCGCCGAGGAUUCCUGCGUCAAGCUCUGGGAUUUGAGGAAACUUAAGAACUUCAAGACUAUUCAGUUGGAAGAGGGAUACGCCAUUAAGGAGUUGUGCUUCGACGGCAGCGGCACGUAUCUGGGCGUGGCCGGGACCGACGUACGCGUCUACUUGUGUCGUCAAUGGCAGGAGCUCAAGGUAUUCAACGAGCACACUGCGUCGGCGACGGGUCUGCGGUUCGGUCACCACGCCCACUAUCUCGCCUCCACUAGCAUGGACCGCACCCUCAAGAUUUACGGCAUAGAGUGA